AUGGACAAGAACCCCAACAUCGCCUCUCUGAUGGAGAACAUCACCAUCACAUCAACAUCGUUCAAUAAUCACUCCUUGAAUGCAUCACACAUCCGCAAUGGUAAAACUCCUCUCAAGCAUUCGCCAGCUCGAACUCCAGCUCGUGCCCGAGGACUGGGCGAGACCAGUCGAACCACUGCACUUGGCCGAACGCCCAAAACGCCACAUGGAGCCGAUCGCUUUAUCCCGGAUCGAAACAACAUCAACUUUGAACUUAGUCACUACUUGAUAAACAAUGACACCACUACUGAGCCAGAUAAGAAGGCCACUACCAUGAGCGAGCUCGUGGGAGACUUGUCCAAUUACCGUGUAGUGUCGUACAAAAACAAAGCACCGCCGCCACCAGAAGGACACAUGAACAACCUCAAAGUCGUCUACACGUCUUCCGCCUUUAAGCCCUCGACCGCAAAGAAAACAAAUCGUUACAUUCCCAGUCAGCCUGAACGCAUUUUAGAUGCCCCUGAUAUCAUAAACGACUACUACUUGCAGCUGAUUGACUGGAGUUUUUCAAACAUCCUCGCGGUUGCUUUGAAGAACGAAGUUUACCUGUGGAAUGCCGCCACGGGAAACAUUGACAAUCUGUUGACUUUAGAUGAAACCGAGUACAUUUCAUCGCUUUCAUGGGCUAACGAAUGCAACUUCCUCGCUGUGGGAAUCAGCACUGGUCAAACUCAGCUUUGGGACAUUACCCGAUCAAAGUGUCUCCGAACACUGAAUGUCUCUGAUGAGCGAAUCAGCACCAUGAAUUGGAACAACAAAAUCGUCAGCUGUGGGUCUAAAGACGGAAACAUCUACAAUCACGAUGUCAGCGUUGCCUCCAGUUUGCAGUCAACCUAUCGCGGCCACUCACAGGAAAUCUGCGGCCUCAAGUGGUCUCCCAGUGGACAGAACCUGGCAAGUGGCGGCAAUGACAACACCGUCAACGUGUGGUCUAGCUCAAUGAGCGAACAGGCCGAUCGCGGUCAGUCCAACUCGAGCAACCCCCUGCACACCUUUACCGAUCACCAGGCAGCGGUGAAGGCCCUGGCUUGGUGCCCAUGGCGCCCCAACUGCCUCGCCACUGGCGGAGGUACAGCCGAUCGCAUGAUUCGCAUCUGGAACGUGCAAAACGGACAGAACAUCUACUCCGUGGACACUCAAUCGCAAGUAUCAUCCAUCCUCUGGUCCAGCGAGUACAAGGAGCUCAUCUCCUCACAUGGAUACAUGAACAACGAACUGAUCAUCUGGAAGUAUCCAACGCUGACUAAAGUCGCCGAACUCACAGGUCACUCUGCCAGGAUUCUCGGCAUGUCAAUGAGCCCUGAUGGAAGCACUGUGGUCUCGCUGAGCGCUGAUGAAACUCUUCGAUUCUGGGAGUGCUUCAAGAUUGACGACAAAACGAAGAAGACCAAGGAGAAGAAAGACAGCAAGAUCAACAAGGAAAAUCUGACUUUGGGCUGCUCCGGCAUCCGAUAG